GGUGGCGAGGAGGAGCUCCGCCGCCGCGCUCCGUCCGCGUAAACGCCCGGCUGUGAGACGCACUUGGAUUAGCGGGCAUUCGGCCGUGGGCGCUCGUAACGGCUCCGGGGCGCAGCGCCGCUCAUGAAUUAAUCCCAUAAAAAGGAGCGCAGCGGCUUGGAGUCAGUGUGCGGGCAAAGGACGACACCUUGGUUCCACGAAGAGCCCGUUACGCAUCCGUUAGAUUCUCUGGAGCCGCAGAAGUGAGGACUGAAACCGAACCUGGCAGAGGUCAUUCUGCAUCCACCAUCUGUCCUCUGCUUUCGGGAAACGAGACAAACAAAUGUCGUCGGCUGGUUGACAGAUGAGAUGUACAAUCAGUGGAAAGUCAGGAGGACCUGAAGAGGCCGGGGAAAGAGACGCUCCUGCGAGGGGAAGAUAUGAGGCCGACGGGCUCCCUCUGGAUCCUCCUGGCUCUCCCAGUGUGGGCGACGGCGGCGAUGGCGGCGGGCGCCGAGGCCGGACUCGGCGUGACGGAGGCGCCGAGUCAGGGUCAAUACAAAUGUCAUGAGAUGUCCAGAGGAGACCGCAGAGAGAACAGAACCGGCGUGUUCUGCGGCCACACGUGGGACGGCCUGUUGUGCUGGGACGAGACGCCAGCUGGGACGUCUGUAACGCGAAGCUGCCCAGAUCGCCCUGACCUGGCCCCGAACGAAAAGGUGACCAGAUACUGUGAUGAAUUGGGGAACUGGGUUCAGACCGGGUCCUCCUGUCAGCCGGCUUUAAAAGACAAAUUAGAGAAGGACGACCAACGCUUCCUAAGGGAUGCUGCCGAAGAGGCUGCGCGGACCAACGCAGGCCGCGGUUCUGCUGUGAAAAGGAUGAUCCUGGAGAACCAGAGGAGAUGCCUGGAGAGAAUGAAGCAGGAGCCGGCUCAUAAGAACCCAGGUCCGUUCUGCAGCCGUAACUGGGACGGCUGGUUGUGCUGGGACGACACUCCGGCGGGAACGCACGCCUCCCAGAACUGCCCCGAUUAUUUCGUGGACUUUGACAUCGCAGGUGUGCGGCGAGACGUCACGGGAUUUCACGCCGUCGCUGAAUUCGCCUCCCGCCCUCCCUUGACUUCAGAAAAGGCAACGAAGUACUGCGGCGAGGACGGGCAGUGGUUCCGACACCCGGAGUCCAACCGGACUUGGAGCAAUUACACACUGUGUGUCGUCAACCUUAAGGAGAAGCUCAGGGCAGCGGCCCAGCUCGCGGGAGAACCCGAGGUCCAGCCCUUCGACGAGGCCACCGUCAGCCCCGCCGUUGAUCCGGACCAGCGCAAGAAGAUUCUGGAGAACCAGUACAAGUGCUUCGAGAAAAUGAACCGAGAGCGGCCUUACAACAAGUCAGGUCUGUACUGCAGCCGUAACUGGGACGGCUGGUUGUGCUGGGACGACACGCCUGCGGGAACCUACACCUCCCAGAACUGCCCCAAUUACUUUUUGGACUUCGACCCCACAGAAAAGGCCACGAAGUACUGUGGAGAGGAUGGUCAAUGGUUUCGCCACCCAGAUACCAACAGGACAUGGUCCAACUACUCACUCUGCAAUGAGAACACCAAGGCCAAGCUGAAGUCCGCCUUCACCCUGUUUUACAUCACGAUCGUUGGACACGCUUUAUCCAUAGCCUCCCUGCUCAUCUCUCUGGCCAUCCUCUUCUACUUCAGGAGCCUGAGCUGCCAAAGGAUCACCCUCCACAAGAACCUGUUCUGCUCCUACGUCCUCAACUCCGCGCUCACCAUCAUCUACCUCAUCACCGUCGUCAACAACCCCGAAAUGGUGAGCCGGAACCCGGUGGGCUGCAAGGUGGUGCACUUCUUCCACAUGUACAUGCUGGGCUGCAACUACUUCUGGAUGCUCUGCGAGGGCAUCUACCUCCACACGCUCAUCGUCGUGGCCGUGUUCGCCGAGGAGCAGCACCUGCACUGGUAUUACCUCCUGGGCUGGGGCUUUCCUCUGGUGCCUGCAUCCAUCCACGCCGUGGCGAGGAAAAAGUACUUCGAUGACAACUGUUGGAUGAGCGUGGAGACCCAUCUGCUCUACGCCGUUCACGGCCCCAUCGUGGCAGCGCUGCUCGUGAACCUCUUCUUCCUGCUCAACAUCAUCCGCGUGCUGGUGACCAAGCUGAGGGACACGCACCGGGCCGAGUCCAACAUGUACAUGAAGGCGGUGAGGGCCACGCUCAUCCUGGUGCCGCUGCUGGGGAUCCAGUUCGUCAUCUUCCCCUGGAGGCCGGAGAACCGGCUGGCGGGCGAGGUCUACGAGUACAUCAUGCACAUACUCAUGCACUACCAGGGUUUACUGGUGGCCACGAUCUUCUGCUUCUUCAACGGGGAGGUGCAGGCGGCUCUGAAGAGACAGUGGAUGCAGUAUAAGACCCAGUUGGGUCAGAGGCGCAAGGACCACUGCUCAAUGCGCUCCACGUCCUACACGGCCACCUCCAUCACCGAGGUGCCCGCCUUCAUGUACCACCACGACUGCAACAGUGAACACUUGAACGGACGCAACACCGAGGACCCGGAACUGGUGGCGCUGAAGUCGGGGGAGACGUACGCGUGAGCCGGAGCGGCGCGGAGCUAAAGGGCGACGGCAGCUCGGGCGCGCAGUAGGAGGUGGGGGCAGGGAAUCGACGGCUUUGCCCACAGCUCGGCCCAGGACGGAGAUACGGCGCUGCAGAUAAACAGCUGACGGAGGUGGAGACGGGACUGACUCUUUUUACCUGACACGACUGCUUCUUGGAGAACUCUGACGUCGUGGAUGCUCUCGACCCGAGCCACUUCCCGGAGCUGCUAAGCCGGAGACCGGGACAAAGGACGUGGACGAGCGUUCCACCAGCAUGGAGGCCGUCGUAGCUACAGACUGUGGGACGGUGAUGAUGAUCACAGAGGUGUAGACUUCUUCCAAACCUCAUCCAAACCAAAGGGUACUAUGACGUUGUCCUGUGUCCAGAUGUGCACAGAUGUGGUACCCUGCGUCAAAGGUCACACACACACACACACACACACACACACACACGCACACGCACACACACAGCACCUGAUCGUACAGUACGUGCCAUAAUAGAGGUCCACAUUUCAGCCUCUGUGCUUGAAGCUCUGGAAUCGUGUACAUAAUGUACGUUCACGGCGUCUCAUGAAAGUGUUUCAAUGUUUUAUAGAAGAUGUUAUUUUUGUUGCUAUAUUUUAUUCAUGCCAGUUCCUAAGUGCGUGCUACAUGUACGUGUGUGUCCCGCGACGCUACACUUGUUUUAGUUUCACAGGCCCGAGAAGCAGGAAGAAGCUAAAUAGGCAAAAGCGGUACGAGAAUAAACAACUCUAUUUAAGGUUAAAUAAGCAGGAAGUUGUUUUUAUUGCGCUGCGACUCGAUUGUGAUGUUAUUUUGCUGAUGACCCUGAUUCUGUUGUCAAUCAUCCGAUUCCACGCUCACGCUGCCUCUGAUGGAUCUAUCGUACCUAAACUGUGAAGAGCACGUUCCUCGUGGAGUCUGUAGCCUUUCAGCAUCUACUGCAUGUAGUCACAUCCAGAGCAGAGUGAGGAACCGAAGAGGAAGUUUCUAAGUUUGUGCCUGAACAGAAGAUUUUAUCUAAUUAGCUUUUUGUAACCAGCCCGGCACUUUGCCUCUGUCUAUAAGAGCGUCACAGCUUUAAAGGACUAUUCCGCACAGUGCAGUACAGCAGGACCUGCUGAUGUUUGGAGUAGUUCUUACAUGCACCAACAUUAAAUGAACCUAAUGAGGUCCAAUCAAAUCGUGAUAAUCACGUUAGCGAAGGCCCAGAUGCAGCUGUAAACCUGUAGCCGGCAGCAAAUACUGGCAGUGAGGUCGAAGGCAGGAAGAGAGCGUGACAAUCAGUGAACGACGGGAGGUUUUACCGCUACACACGUGCUCAUGUCCAAUAUUAAAUAAAUUAUUUAUUUUACUUUUAAAAUCAAA